GGCUCCUCCUCCAUCUCCACCGCUUCGCCGUUACAGCCAGUUGGGAGCCGGGUUGGAGAAGUGAAGAGGCUCACCAAAGAGACCAAUGUUUCUGUGAAAAUUAACUUGGAUGGUACUGGGGUUGCUGACUCGUCCACGGGAAUCCCAUUUCUCGAUCACAUGUUAGAUCAACUUGCGUCGCAUGGGCUGUUUGAUGUACAUGUGAGGGCAACUGGUGACAUUCAUAUUGAUGACCAUCACACCAAUGAAGACGUUGCUCUUGCUAUUGGAUCGGUCAGUACUUCCAGUUACCUUCCCCUUUUCAUUUCUCAGUCUUCUGCCUUCAUAUAG